GUUGAGGACACACAAAUUCUUAAGGACUCAGCUUCAGUGUGCAAAACAAAUUAUUUAGAAAUUAUAUUGGGCUAGUUCACCAAUGUUCAGAGACUAUGGCAUUUAUGUUGCUGAAUCUCUGUGCUCCUGCCCUCUUCCUGUGUCUUCUGAAAGCUGGAAGUAUCAGAGCCCAAUGCACACAGCCAGAGGCGGACUUACCCAUUAGGCAAAGUUUCCCAGAUGGAUCCACUGUAACAUUUGAGUGUGUGAUUGGACACAAGCCAGUUGACUUAAAAGCAUUUAAAUCAGUUACCUGUCAGGGAAACCAGUGGACAAAUCUGGAACUCAAUUGUGCAAGACAAUCCUGUGGAAGCCUUGCAGAUUUUCUUUAUGGGAGAUAUGAAAUGACUGGAAAUUUAUUUGGUGACACAGCUAAACCAGUUUGUGACAAAGGAUACAUGUUAGCGGGUCAGGAAACAACAAGAACAUGCAGAGAUCAGGGAUGGGAUGGCCAAGAUACUGUCUGUGAACCUGUGAAAUGUUCAGCACCUCCAGCCAUAGAAAAUGGGCAACUUGAAGAUGAGCCUUUGGAGAGUUAUGAUUAUUCACAAGCAGUCUCCUAUAGAUGCAACAAAGGACUUAAUCUUAUUGGACAAUCAACACUUCAUUGUUCUGAGGAUGGAACCUUUAAACCAGAUCCACCAAAAUGUGUUGGUAAGUUAUGGUUCAAAUGCCAGUCAAGAGAUGAAAGAAAAAAAAAUCACUUGGGAGUUGAUUCCGGUUAA